AUGCAGUGUUUGUACGUGUCCGACGAGUCAAUGGAUGGCAAUAGGGAUGAGAGCGAGAAGUGUAUCCAAUUGGCGAAGAUCUUCGCGGCCAACAGCGAGACACAGAAAGCCAUCAAAUACUUGAUUAAAGCCCAACGACUCUAUCCAUCGCAAGCGGCCAACGAUCUAUUAGAGAAGUUACAGAACGAAGACAGCGGUGAGAGAGUGGAUGAAACGGAUCCACAGCCGGAGUCGACGCCGGGCGAGCCGUCGGGACCGCGAUCUCGGUCUCGAUCUAACAGUUUUGGCCGAAACGGUGACAAAUCUAAUCUAAACAGUAACUCAAACGCGGGUUAUAGUCAGCCCACGUCG